CGGGUGCAGAGGGCUGGCUCGCUGCUCGCAUCUCCUGGCUGCUUCUGGAGACAGGGUGCCGGGCUCCCAGGCAGACCCGACCUGGACGCAUCUUCCCAGCUGGACUGCUGCCUGAAGGACCUCCUACCAUUUGGACAUCUCUCUCUGGGGAGCAGAAACAAUGAUUGUCCUCAGACAGCUGUCCCUGGAAGCAAAGGCCGCCUUGGCUGCGGCUGGAGUCUUCUUUUCCAUGAUGGUAUCCCGGACCUACCUGUCGGGAAACCUGGAGAUUGGGGUGCGGCGCUGGCUGUUCAGGCUACAGCUGGCCCUGUUUGCCAACGCGCUUAUGCUGAUUGGCUCCAUGUACAUCUGGAGGAGCACGGUCACUUCCCUGUACCACUCCCCUGCUGUGGAGUGGGGGUGUUUUUGGCCCUGGAAGGUGACUAUCUUGGCCUUCCUGGCCUUGGCCCACUCUAGCUUUUUCACCAUGCUCUUUCUUGUGGCUGAGGAGCCCUACCUGCUCGCCAUGGUGGCCUACUCUAGCCUUGGUGCUUAUAUUAUUAUGAUUUUCUUCCUCUUUAUCCUGGGUUGCAUGGAGCAGGGGUACCAGCUCUUGGCCUGGAGGGGGGGCAGGGUCAGCGGAAGCAUUGACAAGACCAGGAGGACGGUCCUGAAGCCGGUCCUGGCUGUGGCUGUGACCGCUGUGCUCAGUGUGGUUGGGCUUCUCAAUGCCGCCCAGCCUCCAGCAGUGAAGACUGUCCAGGUGCCCAUUCACCAGUUGCCGCCGUCGAUGAACGAUCUGAAGGUCGUGCUCCUCUCAGACAUCCACCUAGGCCCCACGGUCGGCAGGACCAAGAUGGAGUUGUUUGUGCGCAUGGUGGAGGCUCUCAAGCCAGACGUCACUGUGAUAGUGGGGGACCUUUCUGACUCCGAGGCCUCCGUCCUCAGGAAGGCCGUGGAGCCCCUGGGCCGGCUGUAUUCUCGCCUCGGCACCUACUUUGUCACGGGGAACCACGAGUACUACACAUCCGAUGUCAACAACUGGUUCGAGCUCCUCAAGUCCCUGAACGUCCAGCCCCUCCACAACGAGAAUGUGAAGAUCACCGCCUCUGGGACGACAUCAGCGAAGAGUCAAGAUGACUGGAUCUGCUUGGCUGGGGUGGAUGACAUCGAGGCAGACAUCUUGCAUUACUCUGGCCACGGCAUGGACCUGAACAAAGCUUUGGACGGCUGCAGCCCUGACCGCGCCACCAUCUUAUUGGCUCACCAGCCCCUGGCGGCCAAGUGGGCCCUUCAGGCCCGGCCGGACAUCAACUUGAUCCUUUCUGGCCACACCCAUGGUGGGCAGAUCUUCCCGCUGAAUGUGGGAGCUUACUUGCUGAACCCAUUCUUUGUCGGGCUGUACAAAGUGGGGCAGAGCACCUUUGUGUAUGUCAGUCCGGGGACGGCCUAUUAUGGGAUACCGAUGAGACUGGGAAGCCGGGCAGAAAUUACAGAGAUCAUCCUUCGCUCUCCCUGAACAACUUCCCUGCCCUCCCUCUG